CUGGACAAAAUUCAAGAUCCCAGUAUUUAGAUUUAAAACCAAUCAAAUUAGCUGGGUGAGGCAAGUUCUCUCUGUGUGAUUUUCGAAGCCUGGUUGAUCCUUGCAGUGCUGCAAAAUACAAGUCCCCUUCACUUUCCAUCUGCAUUCAUCGCAGAGCCCGUGCCAACAAUGUUGCCAAGCAUCCUUCAAUCACCAAGCAUGGACUCUUCAUACAUCACGGAAUAAAGAAACGAUUUGAUUGACUUUUUGAGGCGGCGUUCAAGCAAGAAGCAACCAAUGUAAAUGUCGAUACGGCUUGGCACCAUUAUGACCUCACGACUUUGCUUCGAGGAGCAAGGACCAGCAAUAAACAUCGCCCACCACCUACAUCAGCACGCCUCCUACUCGAGUUUCACGCGCUACGGAAAUCCGGAGCUGUGACCAUGGCGAUAGUACAGAAUUGGUUACCUCCGUCCCGCGAAAACUGGGAGCUCGUAUGCUACAUCUGGCAGUUUUUCCCUGUGAUUACAGCGUUUCAAUGGCUACUCGACUGGUAUCCCCAGGGCAAGACGUCGACCAACUUCCGCUUCAACAUUCCAGGCGCCAUUGGAUGGGCCACAAUGGAAUCUGCAGGCUUUCUAACGCUGGUCUACAUCAUGAACGCGCUACCUAAAGAGCUGGGGAUUGAAGAGCUCCCAUGGGGCAAUUGGACUAUGGCCGGUUGCUUCGUUAUCCACUACACCUACCGUGCCGUUCUAUCUCCGCUGUUUCUUAACCCCAGCAUGUCGCCCAUACAUCCUCUUGUUUGGACCCUGGCAUUUCUGUUCCAAAUAUUUAAUUCGACGGCGAUUGGGGGCUGGCUCGCCGGAUACGGCCCAACAACUGUGCACGACUGGGCAGGGCGAUUUUGGGUCAUGGAGAUAGGACUGGUACUCUGGGCUUGGGGCCUUUUGGGCAACAUAUUCCACGAUGACGAUCUGCGCGAGAUCCGAAGGGCAGCCGAUCGCCAACAGAGGCAGGAAGCCGAGAAGCUCGGGAAGCCGCCCAAGAGCGUGCACAAGGUGUACAUGAUCCCGAAGAACGGGCUAUUUAAAUACGUGCUGUAUGCGCACUACCUCUGCGAAUGGAUCGAAUGGGCGGGCUUCUGGAUGGUAGGUGGGUGGCAUUGCGGCCCUGCCAGGAUGUUCUUGGUGAACGAGAUUGCCACAAUGCUCCCAAGAGCGCUUCAGGGCAAGAGAUGGUAUAUACAGAGGUUUGGUAAGGAGAAGGUUGGCAAUAGGAAGGCCAUCAUACCCGGCCUGGUGUAACGGCUGCGCGGACGAGUGUUGUUGCAGUACAACAAACCGUAUAACCACUGCUCAGUCAUCACACCGCCUUGCGCUGCCAUUGUAUAUACGCCGUUUCUAUGUAUCAGGAAUGUCUAAUAACCCUCCUCAGGCGAGCCGAAGGAGAGACAGCGGCGC